CGUAAACAGACAUUUUAGCCAAUAUUUCACAUGCUGGACUGAGGCUUUUCCCCCAGCAAGCAUUCAAUUGCAUUCAAAUAUGUAAAUAAUUUGUGCAUUGCCAGGAAUCCUAAAUACACCCGUCCUUUCCAAUGAAAAACCUAUGGCUCUGGUCUUUCUAUUCCAGCCCAGAAGGUGGCGAUAAGGCACUCACAGUUCGCUACCAACCGCCAUUACACUCCACUGAAGAAGAACAAGGAAAAGCGGAAGUCCUGUGAUACAGCUCGGUCAGUGGUCUUCCUCCUCCAGUCCAGAUUGAGGAGAUUGCUACCUGUCUUCCUGUCUGUCAGUAUGUCAUCCAGGAGAGAACAGAGUUCCAGGUCUCUCCUAUUUGGCUUGCUGCUUGUGCUGCUCUGUGAGGUGUUCUCGUUUGCACAUGCAAGCAAGAGUUUUGAAGACGUGCGCUGCAAGUGUAUCUGUCCACCCUACAGGAACAUCACUGGACACAUCUACAGCAGGAAUGUCUCCCAGAAAGAUUGUAACUGCCUCCAUGUAGUGGAGCCCAUGCCAGUGCCAGGCCAUGAUGUGGAGGCCUACUGUCUGCUGUGUGAGUGCAAGUAUGAGGAACGCAGCAGCAACACCAUCAAGGUGACGAUCAUCAUCUACCUGUCAGUGGUGGGCUCUCUGCUACUCUACAUGUUGUUCCUGCUGCUGGUUGAACCUCUCAUCCGUAAACAUGACCCCUACAUCCAACCCCUUCACAAUGAAGACGACUCUGAGGACAUGCGGCCGCAGCCUGAGUGUGCUGCUGCUGCCCAGGGAGGCAGGGGUAACACGGUACUGGAACGGGUAGAGGGAGCCCAGCAGCGCUGGAAAAAACAGGUCCAGGAACAGCGCAAGACUGUCUUUGACCGACACAAGAUGCUUAGUUAAACCUCAAUGGCUGACUUCAGAUCAGAGGCUAGAGUCACCUCCCAAGCUUCGUCCACAUCUGCUGCUGUUGUACUGUCACUAGCUACAUAUUGUUCUUCAGGAUUUCAAUCCCUUUGCCAUUUCAAUACAGUCCCUGCACAUUUAGGAUUGUUAAUGAGCGUUAUGGCAAUUCUGUUUGGAACGAUCGCUGGCCCAUUUGUCCUUUGUUUCCAAAAUGGUGGUUGCUGUCAUGAGAAUAUAGAUGUGUAUCAAAAUGAGGAGUAUAGCCAAACAGCAAAGUGUAAGUUGUGGUUGCAUCAUCAUCUCUGCAUCAUCUUCAUGGAAAGAUAAAACAGGAAAUGGAACUGGAUAUAUUACAAUCACUUUAUCGAAAAUAAGCUUUGAAAAAGUAGGACUGAUUCAGAAUAUUUUUAACAUGCUUAAGCACAUUUUACAAAUAAUUUUCAAUCCUCAUUGUAGCAUUGUUGUAUUGUGAAGCUAACUCAGCGCACCGGUAGGCUGAAUUCUUGUGAAUGAUAGGCUCACUGUAAAUAGGCUGCCGGCAUGUAAUUGGUUACUUGAAUUAUUAGCUGGUGCCAAGCCAAGUUCAUUCCUUAGUUUAAGCACUAUUUAUCAUCAGAACCACUUGUGGUUCAUUUUGCACUUCCUGAUGAUAUCCUUUGCACUUAAAGACACAAGAAAGGAAAAUGUAUUGCUUUAUUUAGCCUUGUAAUGAUGAUUGAUAGUUUGGCUGGCUUUGAAAAAUGUGUUGUUUGAUAGGCUGUCUCUACCUGGAGUGGACACAGAUGAGUGAAACCUCUGAGGAUGCUAAAUGCGGAUAGUUUAGCUUGUAACGGUCAUUGUAAUGUAGUCAUUUACUGUAGAAUCACUGGAAUGCCAAAUGUCUUUGUAUGAUUCCAGAGUGGAAUAUUGCAGUCAGUGGAUUGUCUCACAUUCCAUUAACUGGCACCGACUGAGGCUCUGUGCUGUGUGUGUGGAGGGGGGACAUUUCCAAUCACAUUCUGAGGUGAAGUUAUGCUAGCCUGCUUUACCUCAAACACACACACAUUGAGAAUUGAUGAAAAGGUCUAUUGAAUUAAUGUUUUAGCUGACGUAUUUUAAUGCAGAUGUACUCUUAAUUGACAUUUAUUUUGAAUGUAAUUAUCAAAAGGAAUAUGGUAGGGCCUGUAUGUUGAUGUUAAAGACAACUGAUAUGUGUGUUUUGAUAUAGGCUAGGAUUUUAUUACAUUGUUUAUUUUAGUUGGACUCUGUUCUGAGAUCUUGCAAUGUUGUAAUGUCUGUGUAAUUGCCUACACCAUGCUUGGAAAACAGUAAAAAUGGACCUUGGUUGAGCUUA